AUGGCCCGCCCGGGGGCCGCCGCGCUGGCGCUGGCGCUGGCGGUCCUGGAGGUGACCCUGCUCGGGGCCCAGGACGCAGCCCUGGACGAGCCCGACUACUCGCUGCGGGAGCCCUGGAGCCCGGAGCCCUACGGCGACGCGCGGCCGGAGCCCGAGCCCGAGCGGGUCCCGCCGCCCGCGGGGCCCAGGGAGGAGCCGCGGCCGCCCCCGAAGGCCACCCCGCCCAGGAGGGCGCCCAGGAGGGGGAAGCCGGCCGCCGCGCCGCCUCCCGAAGAGUGCCCGCCUCUAGGCCUGGAGAACUUGAAGGUCACAGACUUCCAACUGCACGCCUCCACGACCAAGCGUUACGGACUCGGGGCGCAUCGCGGGAGGCUCAACAUCCAGGCGGGGAUCCUUGAGAACGACGUCUACGACGGGGCCUGGUGCGCCGGCCGGAAGGAUCUGCACCAGUGGCUGGAGGUCGACGCCCGGCGGCUGACGCGCUUCACGGGGGUCAUCACGCAGGGGAGGAACUCGCUGUGGCUGAGUGACUGGGUGACCUCCUACAAGGUCCUGGUCAGCAACGACAGCCACACCUGGGUCACGGUCAAGAAUGGCUCUGCGGACAUGGUGUUCGAGGGGAACAGUGAGAAGGAGACCCCCGUCCUCAACGAGCUGCCCGUGCCCAUGGUGGCCCGCUACAUCCGUAUCAACCCGCAGUCCUGGUUCGAGGGGGGUGGCAUCUGCCUGCGGCUGGAGGUGCUGGGCUGCCCCCUGCCAGAUCCCAAUAACUAUUAUCACCGACGGAACGAAAUGACCACCACGGAUGACCUAGACUUCCGGCACCACAGCUAUAAGGAAAUGCGCCAGCUGAUGAAGGUGGUGAAUGAAAUGUGUCCCAACAUCACCAGGAUCUACAACAUCGGCAAGAGCCACCAGGGCCUGAAGCUGUACGCCGUGGAGAUCUCGGACCACCCCGGCGAGCACGAAGUCGGUGAGCCCGAGUUCCACUACAUCGCGGGAGCCCACGGCAAUGAGGUGCUGGGCCGGGAGCUGCUUCUCCUGCUGCUGCAGUUCCUGUGCCAGGAGUACCUGGCGGGGAAUGCACGCAUCAUCCGCCUGGUGGAGGGUACCCGCAUCCACCUGCUGCCCUCGCUCAACCCCGAUGGCUAUGAGAAGGCCUGGGAAGGGGGCUCGGAGCUGGGGGGCUGGUCCUUGGGCCGCUGGACCCACGACGGGAUCGACAUCAACAACAACUUCCCGGACCUCAACACGCUGCUGUGGGAGGCCGAGGCGCGUCGCGGCGGGUCCAGGGAACUGCCCAAUCACCACAUCGCCAUCCCUGAGUGGUUCCUGUCGGAAAACGCCACGGUGGCGGCCGAGACCCGCGCGGUCAUCGCCUGGCUGGAGAAGGUCCCCUUCGUGCUGGGCGGGAGCCUGCAGGGCGGCGAGCUGGUGGUGGCCUACCCCUACGACAUGGCCCAGUCGGCGCAGCGGCCGCAGGAGCGCACGCCUACGCCCGACGACCACGUGUUCCGCUGGCUGGCCUAUGCCUACGCGUCCACGCACCGCCUGAUGACCGACGCCCGACGGCGCGUGUGCCACACCGAGGACUUCCAGAAGGAGGACGGCACGGUCAACGGGGCCUCCUGGCACACGGUGGCCGGGAGUCUCAACGACUUCAGCUACCUCCACACCAACUGCUUCGAGCUCUCCAUCUACGUGGGCUGUGACAAGUUCCCGCACGAGAGCGAGCUGCCCGAGGAGUGGGAGAACAACAGGGAGUCCCUGAUCGUGUUCAUGGAACAGGUCCAUCGUGGCAUCAAAGGCCUCGUGCGGGACUCGCUCGGGCAAGGCAUCCCCGGUGCGGUGGUCUCUGUGGAAGGCAUCGAUCAUGACGUACAAACAGCCAGCGACGGGGACUACUGGCGCCUCCUGAACCCCGGAGAGUACGUGGUCACGGCCAGGGCCGAAGGUUUCACCUCGUCCACCAAGAACUGCCUGGUGGGCUACGACAUGGGCGCCACGCGCUGUGACUUCACGCUCAGCAAGACCAACCUGGCCCGCAUCCGGGAGAUCAUGCAGCGGUUCGGGAAGCAGCCGCUGACCCCACCGGCCCAGCCACAGGGGAGGAGACGCCGGCGGAGGCGGCAGCGUGCCAGACGGAGGCCCUGA